AGGCAAAAGGGCGGAAAUUGAUCUCAGGAGAGUUUUAGCUGCGGCGCCACCGGAACUGCUGAUGGGGCGGAAGCUGCUUACGGAGCUGCUGGAAGCCGGGCGACCCGCGGCUUCCUUCUGCGGAGAACGUUUUAGAGGACCACGAUGUUCACCAACUGGAGAAUUUUUGCAGUGAAUCAUCAGAAAACGUUCAGUGUGCACAUUAAUACCAUGUGUAACUGCAAAAUAAAAGCAAAUUUAAAAAGAUUAAAGACUCAGGUGCAUCUUACAAGAAACUACAGUUCCGCACCAGGCAUAGUAGGAAGUGAUGUCAAAUCUCUUCAUUCCAUCAUUAACCCUCCUGUGGACAAAAUUCGUAAUAUUGGAAUUAUGGCGCAUAUUGAUGCAGGCAAAACUACCACCACAGAAAGAAUUUUGUACUAUUCUGGAUACACAAGAUCACUGGGAGAUGUCGAUGAUGGAGACACAGUGACAGAUUUCAUGGCUCAAGAGCGAGAAAGGGGCAUUACCAUUCAGUCAGCAGCUGUGACUCUCGACUGGAAAGGGUAUAGAGUCAAUCUGAUUGAUACUCCAGGUCACGUAGACUUCACUCUGGAGGUCGAGCGCUGCUUGAGGGUGUUGGACGGUGCGGUGGCCGUGUUUGAUGCCUCUGCUGGUGUAGAGGCCCAGACUCUCACUGUAUGGAGGCAAGCUGACAAACACAAAAUACCCCGGAUCUGCUUUUUAAACAAGAUGGACAAGACUGGAGCAAGUUUUAACUAUGCAGUUGAAAGCAUCCGGGAGAAGUUGAAGGCAAAGCCCCUGAUUUUACAGCUGCCAAUUGGUGAAGCCAGAACUUUCCGAGGAGUGGUGGAUGUCGUAAACAAAGAAAAACUUGUGUGGAAUUCUAACUCUGACGAUGGAAAAGACUUCGAGAGAAAGCCCCUCUCAGAAUCGAGUGAUCGGGACUUGCUAAAGGAGACGAUUGAAGCAAGGAACUCCUUAAUUGAACAAGUGGCAGACUUAGAUGAUGAAUUUGCUGGCUUGGUUUUAGGUGAAUUUAGUGAAAAUUUUGAUUUAGUACCAGUUGAAAAGUUACAGGCUGCAAUACACAGAGUAACACUGGCUCAGGCUGCAGUGCCUGUGCUGUGUGGGAGUGCCUUGAAGAACAAGGGCGUGCAGCCCCUGCUGGAUGCAGUGACCACUUACCUGCCGUCACCCGAGGAGCGCGAGGACCACUUUCUGCAGUGGUAUAAGGGUGACUUGUGUGCACUGGCGUUUAAAGUGCUACAUGAUAAACAGCGAGGACCCCUGGUUUUCCUGCGCAUUUACUCGGGAACUCUGACCCCUCAGCUGGCUGUCCACAACAUUAAUAGAAACUGCACGGAAAGAAUGAGUCGUCUGCUUUUGCCAUUUGCUGACCAACAUGUAGAAAUUCCUUCCCUGACUGCUGGAAACAUUGCUUUGACAGUUGGGCUUAAACAAACUGCCACUGGAGACACCAUAGUCUCGUCCAAGUCCAGCGCCUUAGCUGCCGCUCGCAGAGCCGGACGAGGAGAAAGGGAACAUGGAAAGAAGAGAGAAGCUGAGAGUCUGCUGUUGGCUGGGGUGGAGGUCCCAGAACCUGUCUUCUUCUGCACCAUAGAGCCCCCGUCAGUCGCUAAGCAGCCAGAUUUGGAUCAUGCCUUGGAACGCCUUCAGCGCGAAGAUCCCAGUUUGAAAGUGAAACUCGAUCCUGACUCUGGACAAACUGUCCUGUGUGGUAUGGGGGAGUUACAUAUUGAGAUUAUUCAUGACCGUAUCAAGAGGGAGUAUGGCCUAGAAACCUAUCUAGGGCCUCUGCAGGUGGCAUACCGGGAAACCAUCUUAAACUCAGUUCGCACCACAGACACCCUCGAUAGGGUGCUCGGAGACAAGCGGCACUUUGUGAGUGUGGAGCUGGAAGUCCGGCCAGCAGAAGAGCCAUGUGCCGUGGCCACGAUCGAGUAUGCUGACAGUGUGGGUGAAGACCUGCUGCAGGCCUCUCGGGAGGCCAUUGAAAGUGCCGUCCACAGCGCAUGCCUCCAGGGACCUUUGGUUGGAUCCCCAGUCCAGGACGUGGCUAUGACGUUACACUCACUGAUGAUUCACCCUGGCACUUCUGCAACUAUGGUCACUGCUUGCAUCUCACGGUGUAUACAGAAGGCCCUGAAGAAAGCUGACAAACAGGUGCUGGAACCUCUGAUGAACCUCGAGGUCACCGUGAGUAGAGAGCACCUCAGCCCUGUCCUGGCAGACUUGGCCCAGAGAAGAGGGAACAUUCAGGAAAUCCAGACUCGCCAAGACAACAAAGUUGUUAUAGGAUUUGUUCCCUUAGCAGAGAUUAUGGGAUAUUCAACUGUGCUUCGAACUCUGACAUCUGGCUCAGCUACUUUUGCCUUAGAACUGUCUACUUAUCAAGCCAUGAGUCCUCAAGACCAGAGUGCUCUACUCAACCAGAGAAGUGGCUUGGCCCGUGUGCUGUAGGUCCUUGGAAAUGGGGGAAAGCUGGGACACUUGCCUGCUUUAUUCCUGGCAAGAAUGCUGUUCUAUUAACUGGCUGGUAAAUUGCUGCUUCGGUGUGGAAAGAACUUGACAAGACCUAGCAGAAUGGCCUUGGAGCUAUCAUUCUAAUUCUGUUGGGCAUACUUUGCUAUAAUGCACCACAGCUGGGCCCUGGUUGUCUCUGCCAUCUCUGAUGCUGUGAUAAAAUAACCUGGCCAGGACAGCUUAGAAAUGGGUUUCUUUUCUCAGCAGGAAGCAAGGCAAUGAGCUCUCGAAGUCCACCUAGUGAUGAACUUCCUGAAGCAAGGCUACACUGCCUAAACCUCCCCAAACAGCACCACCCCCUGGGAGCAAGGGUCCAGAAGCCUGGGCCUGUGAGGAGCGUACCUUAUUUAGACACUUUUGAGUGUUUUGCCUACAUGAUGUAUGCCUGGUGGCUGUGGAGGUCAUUGCAUCCCCCUGGAGCUGGAAUUAUGGUGUGGUUAUGAAGAUCCAGAAACUGAACUCAGGUCCUCUGCAAGAGUGAUCUUAAAUACUUGAGCCUUCUUUCUAGCUUGACAUUUCUCUUUUAAACCAUUGCAAGAUGACAUUAUUCACACAGCGCAGCCCUCUGGAAUACUGAGUGCUAGUGCAAAGCUUUUCCUUUUAUUUUCUUAAGCUGCUCACAUAAAAGAUUCAGUGUUUGAUUCAGGGAUAGAAAGAUUCAAUCAAUAAAAAGAUGGUUUAUU